GCUUCUUCCUGUAGAUUUCUGCACAUUUCAAAGGAAGUUGCCGUGUCACACAGACAGCUGUGUUACCUUUUAUAUUGUUGAAUGGAAGGUCAACCGUGCCUUCGUGUUUCACUGCAUCAUGUGCAACAUUUCAGGAAGAGUCUGCAGGCUCAAGGUGUCCUGGAUCAAAGUGCAUGUUUAUUAAAGGAGCCGACUGGAACCGUCCUCCUGCCGAUAGUACACGCUUCUGUGUCGCAGCUUGACUUGCAGUGUCUCAGAACCACUGUCGGAUCUGGCUCUAUCUGUGAGCUCGUGUGGACCCAGUCACCCUUGCCAUCAAAAAACAAGACUAGAGGGAGAGACGGGAAUAAACUUGAGAGAAUCCUGCAGGAGCUUUUGGAGUCUUGUGGAGAGAGAUGGACAGACGAUAUCAGAGGAGACAUUCCCAAAAACCUCCAGAGGCACGGCGAUUUAGUGCUGCUGGGAGACAACUGUUUGACUCUGCCAGUGUGGAAGAAGCUUGAUCAAAAUCUUUGGAGUGCAGUGACCCAAGGUCUGGGGGCAAAACGCCUAGCAAGAAUGAGUCGCAUAUCCAGUGAUGGAUUUAGGUCACCAGUAGUGACAAUGCUGGUCGGGGAUCACAGCUGGGUCAAACAUGUGGACAAUGGCAUAAGUUAUGAGUUUGAUGUCACCAAGUGCAUGUUCUCAGCUGGCAACAUCACAGAGAAGCUCAGAGUGGCUUCAUUUGACUGCAGAGGGGAGACAGUUGUUGACUUGUACGCAGGUAUUGGGUACUUCACCCUUCCAUAUCUUGUACAUGCCGGAGCUUCACACGUUCAUGCCUGCGAGUGGAACCCUGAUGCAGUCGACGCUUUACGAAAAAACCUCCUGACCAACGGAGUGCAAGACCGCUGCACGAUUCACCGAGGAGAUAAUAGACAAGUGCAGCUGUGUGAUGUUGCAGACCGGAUCAACCUGGGCCUCAUCCCUAGCUCUGAGGAUGGCUGGCCCGUUGCCUGCCGUCUGCUUAAGAGAAGAACUGGUGGAAUUUUACACAUUCAUCAAAACGUCACUUCACCUUUAGCGAGCGCGGCAGCUUUCCAGUCGAUCAAGCCCGACACCAGCCGGAGCGUUUCUGGGAAGAAAGCUGACAGAGCUGCGUGGACACUCUGGGCUGAUGAUGCAGCAAAUCACAUUGCCUCACUUUUACAGGAAAUUACUGCAGCACCUUGGAGGACCUCCAUCCUGCACAUUGAACAUGUUAAAUCAUAUGCACCUCGCGUUCACCAUGUUGUGUUGGAUUUGGAGUGCAGACCAGUCAACACUCUUUGAUUCAGGAAA